AUGGCGACUCCAGCCAUUGACGAUGAUAGCACUCGCACUGAGGAGAGAAUCGGCACUCCCACUGCCGAUAUAGGCGGAGUCCGCCCCGAACAGGAUGAGACUAUGCAGAGCAACGUUGAAGGCGAUAAUGGCGACGUCACCGACGAUAAUACGCCUGCUUUCGAUGACCUCUUUGACAACGAUAAUGCCAAUCCUGGCCGGAAGGAUAUGGAUAUUAGCUCGAGCGACGACGAUUCCGACCAUGAGUCGGACCUCGAGGAGAUUGAGCCAGUUCGCCCGCGUAAAUUCGGCGGCAGAUACCUGCUUCCUAGCAGCGCCCCAGGCAGUUCCGGAGGAGCAGCUCACCGCCGAUACCAGGAGCAUAUCGACAAGCUGAUGAACAGUCGCAUCACCGGUAGCAACGAUGAGGACGAUAGUUUCAGCGGUACCUACGCUGACUAUAGAUUCGACGGGCCGGUCAGAGGAUCCGCCACGAAGAAGGUCUGGACCCGAACGGACGCCCUCCAGUGCCUCCACGUCGAAUUCUGGCUGUGUAGCCUGGAGCAUACCGCAGGAGAGCAGCCCGACUUCGACUGCUCCCGGCCCGAUGGCGACUAUCCGGAGUGGGAUCUUUUCCUCCGUGUCGAACGACUGAUCAACGAGUACUACGACGGCAUAGAAAGCGGCGAACUCGACGAGGAGAUGGCCGAUGACGACACUCUCGUUGCUGGCAACGGCAAGAUUGCGACCCCCGUGACCGGAAAGGGGAAGGAGACUGCCGGAACUAAGCGCGACAAGACCAAGGGUGAAUCCAACGUGGUGCGCAAGACUAAGAACCGCGUUCGAGACGCUGCAAAGGCCUAUAUGAACGGUGGAUACGGCGAGAGUCGGGGCAACAAGAAGUGGUGGACCGACUAUCUACCCGAUCAGGCCGAACUCAUGCUCCCACGUUUCGUCGAUCCCUACGGUGCCACCAACGGAACCAUCGCCGGACACCUCGCAACCAUGCAACGCGGCUGGAUGAUCCAGAUCGGGGGACGCCCCGCCACCGGAGUCAGCGGCAAGCAGGCUAGAGUCGACGACAACAUGUCCGCAGUCGCCGCGAAUGCCGCCGCCACCUCGAUCGCCACAUCGAAGGAGGUCGACGAAAUCAAGGCCAAUGUGAACAAACUCCGCGAUCAGCUGGUCAAUAAGGUGCGACAGAUGGACGGCGAGCAGAAGCAAAUCGUGAAGAAGGUCUCGAAGUUGCGACGGGAAUCCGACUACUAUCACGACGAAAUCGGCAACCAGGCGAUCCGAAUUACCGCCUGUGAGGCCACGAAGGAUGCGGUCGACGAGUACAAUAAGAACCUCAAGGAGUUCAACGCCCAGAUGGAGAAGAUCGUGGUCGCAGAGGUAACCCCCGUCUUGGUCGAUCCGACCACCGAGAAGCGGGCCAAUCCGGCAGUACGAAACCCGGCCGCCCGCAGCAGCACCGCCGCCCGCGGAGGCAUCUCGAAGGCCAACGCUUUUCUCCAGCAGGUCGCCAAACCCGCUAAGAAGCGCGCUCCCGGACCCGCUAAGUCCACCGGCAAGACUGGCGCAUCCAACGGGGACGAGAUUGGCUGGGACCAGAACUUUUUCGACGACGAGUGA